GACCCUGAGCGUCGGUGACUCGGUUAAAACUCGCCCGAGUCAAAACCGAGUCAAUUAUUUUAUAUUUUUCAAAAAAAAAAAAAAAAAAGAGAGGGAGACGAAGAAGAAGAUAUAUAAAUAUAAAUAUAAAUAUUUAUAUAUACAUGUAUGCGAACCAGAGAGAGUUAGAGAGAGAAACCAAUCCAAAUUUAGAGAAAGAGAGAGAGAGAGAGACAGAGAACCAAAGCUUACGUAUAGAGGAAGAUAAUAUAGUGAGAAAAUGGCGGAUUCGAGUGAUUCGGUUUCCGUUGAUAUGGAUGGAGUUUCUCUCGCCGGAAAGGAGCAUCUUAUAAAAACUUGUCAUGGUGUUGUGUCGGUUACUGUGAUUGGAGACCAGGAUAAACCUGCUCUUGUUACUUAUCCAGAUUUAGCUUUAAAUUAUGUUUCCUGCUUCCAAGGAUUAUUCUUUUGUCCAGAAGCAUGUUCUUUGCUGCUCCAUAAUUUUUGCAUAUAUCAUAUUAGUCCUCCCGGCCAUGAGUUGGGAGCUGAAACAAUUAGUUCUGAUGAUCCUCUGCUUUCUGCUGAUGACUUAGUAGAUCAGAUAGCCGAUGUUCUUAAUUAUUUUGGACUUGGAGCUGUGAUGUGUAUGGGUGUUACAGCUGGAGCUUACAUCAUCACCCUAUUUGCUUUGAAAUACAGACAUAGAGUCCUAGGCUUGAUUCUCAUAUCUCCAUUAUGCAAAGCACCCUCUUGGACAGAAUGGUUACUAAAUAAGGUAAUGUCAAAUUUACUUUACUUCUAUGGCAUGUGUGGAAUGGUAAAGGAGUUAUUGCUCAAGCGGUAUUUUAGCAAGGACAUUCGUGGUUGUGCUCAAGUGCCAGGGUCGGAUGUUGUUCAGGCUUGCAGAAGAUCGCUCGAGGAGAGGCAAAGUUUAAACGUUUGGCGUUUACUUGAAGCAAUUAACGGGAGACCCGACAUUACAGAUGGCCUGCGAAAACUACAAUGUCGUUCGCUAAUCUUCGUUGGUGACAACUCUCCAUUCCAUGCUGAGGCGCUUUACAUGACAUCGAAGCUAGACAGACGGUAUAGCGCGUUGGUUGAGGUUCAGUCUUGCGGGUCGAUGGUGACAGAGGAGCAGCCUCAUGCCAUGAUGAUACCGUUGGAGUAUUUCUUGAUGGGGUAUGGCUUGUAUAAAGUUUCUUCUCAGUUGAAUGUCAGCCCGAGAAGCCCGUUGAGCCCGUUGUGUAUUUCUCCAGAGCUUCUUUCCCCAGAAAGCAUGGGAUUGAAGCUGAAACCGAUCAAAACUCGGAUUUCGCUUCAUGUUUGAUGAUGAUGAUGGAAGUUGGCGAGCUCGGUUUUUUUUGUAAUCUGUAAGUUGUUAAGAGCUUUGUAUAUGCUGAUUUGUUAAGAAUGAUUAUUUAGGGAGUUUGUAGAUAUGAAAGAGAGUGAGAGAGAGAGAGAGAGGAAAAUACAAGGAGGGAGAAAAGAAAGGAAAGGUGUUAGGAAGAAAAAACAAAACAAAGCUAAAUAUUUUAAUUCUUUCAUUUGUAACCAUAUAUAUAUGAAAAAUGCUAGGUGAGAGAGGAGAGCUUUGUUUGUAAAAAUCCUUGGAUGGAAGGAACUAUAAUAAUAUAACAAUGACAAAGUAAAGAAUAAAGAAUAAUAAUAACAAAA